UUGUGGUCGACAUGCUUUACAGAUGCAGAGGUUCGCUCCGCUCUAUGUCAGCUGCCGAAAGACCUAGAAGAAACGUACAAGCUGUGCACAAGGAGAAUUACUUCUGAUAUCAAGGCCUCGAAGGUUUUAGGAUGGGUCAGCUUUGCUACUAGACCACUUCAUGUCGAAGAACUGAAGGAAGCUGUAGCCUUUAACAUUUAUGAUACUCUUUGGGAUCAUGCAAAGAUGUGUUCGCUUUGCACACUCGUCAGUCAAGCAAUUUUUUCUGAGUAAUCGGGACGAUCGCGAUCUCCGGUAUCCGGAUAAUGAGGCGCAAGGAAACCUUGGUUGUGGAGAAUUCUGCGUUGCUUAUCUCUCUUUCUCGGAUUUCAGCUUACAGAUUGUCAAGCAAGAACAUGAUCGUACAUCUUCAGGAUCAGCGGUACUUAUGCCAGCUUUGCUUGCUGGUGACGCCUUGAAGUCUUCUUUGGUAUCUCUCUUUCGUGCGCCACGGAACCAAAAGGUUUCUGUCAACCUACCAAUUCGCCCAGUACGCAGAGGGCCCCCAGGCGCACAAUAUAGGUUCCUCAACUACGCCGUGUCAAACUGGGGUCUGCAGACAAGAGACAUAAGGCCAGACUCUCCAGUGUGGGGAGAUUUCACACAGUUUGCAACAUGCUUCAACGAAGCGUGGAACAUCCAUCCCUGGGUCUCUGGUGGCCGCUCUCGGCAUUCAUUUAUACACGGACUCUUUGGAUGGGUUGUCAAGGAACAACAUAACCCUCUUUUAUCUAUUGUUACACGAAUGAACAUGACCUUAUGAAGAUAUGCAAUCUGCCGCUAAUCGGGGAAAGUCUUCCAGCUUUACAUCUUGCGUCGAAACUCGGUUUCUCUUCAAUCGUGGAGGAUUUGCUGAAGUUCUGCGAUGUCAGCCUGACCGAUAUUUAAGGGUAUACACCAC